AUGUUUACGCAUGACAGAAAAUUUUGUAUUGUAAAAAUGCGCAUGAGUGAUCGUGACGAACUUUUUUUGUUUGAUACCGGCUGGGAGAACCAGGGCGGGUUCGGGGAGCGCGCGGCGAAAAAGCGCGCGGACGUGGUCGACCGGGUGAUGGCGCGGAACGCGGCCGAGGACCGCCGCGACGUCUCCAAAAAACGCAUCCGCGAGCUGUUCCGUUUGGGCGAACGCAACACGUUCAAACUCGCCUCCUUCUUCCGCAAGGGCCUCAAGGGCAAGGAAAUCGCGGAAGUCAAGCUGCUCGGUAUAAUUUUUGCUAUUCAUCGAUUGUUUUUCGGAUGUGAAAAAUAGAUUUGCACCUGUGGAGGUUGUAUUUGGUUCGUCGAUUUAAGUAUUGUAGUACUGGCAUCGUUCAUGUUCAUGAUAAGUAACAAUGUUCCCCCGGCGCCGUUCAAUAGGUGCCCUCUGAACGACCACGACGUCAAGUUGUGCUUUUGGUCGGGGUGUAUCUGUAUGUGCAUGCUAAUUAGUUUAUUUGCAGAAACCAAAAGAUUGCUGAAACCUAUUCCUCUACAGACGCUCCGGAGGAAUUGGCGUACCACAAGUUGCGGCACAAGAAGGAUGAUAUGAACCGGCUGAAGGAGAACCAGAGGAAGGUCGAGACCGCCCUGAAGCACAUAUGGAUUGCAAAAGUGUCUGGGUCUGGAAGGUUGGAACUUGUGAUGCCAACUUUGGACUCUAAAAAAUUCGGUAUUGCAUGACCAGCAAAAGGAGUCCGGUUUGUGCUACGCGUGUAGGGCAUUUGUCAUGCGGAAUAGGUACCAGGAAGGCCUCGAAAGAUCUGCGAUGCUAGGGCUUCCAUGACAGACAUUCUGUGUCAUGCAAAAACAGCAUAACAAGUUUCGGAUUCUUCCAGACCCAGACAUUUUUACAUUUGAUAGCACAUGACGGCCAACGACCGCCAGCUGGGUAUUAGUCGCGAGGCGCUGCUGAAGGUGGUGCACGAGGAAGAGGAAGAGGAGGAGCAAAAGGAGGACGGCAAACCAAUCGAGCAAAAGAGGCGGCCGCGGAAGGAACAGAAAACCGUGUCGAUCGACGUCAAAAUCGAGGGACUCAAGCAACGGUAUAAAUGAAAAUGUUGACAGAGACAGACUGUGAGUGUAGUUCUGUGUAAUGACGCUUUAUGGUUUUGAUUCAGACUGUGCCUGUGCCAAAGAUAGUAAACGGAAAUCUGUUUUUUACAUUUCAUGAGGAGGGAUAAAACAAAAAUUUCACUUUCGCAAAACGAUUCACUCAGGUACGCCGUGGAUAACACGACGAUGCUGCGGCAGGGGCGGCCCGGGCCAGAGGAGCUGCCGCACUUUUUUGAGCGCGACCGUCUGGUUUCCGAGAAGGAGAUCGAGAUUCGAGAGCUGGCCGCGGAGCACAUAUGCAUUGCAAAAAUGUCUGGGUCUGGAAUGAUGCAACUUGUGAUGCUGCAUUUCAGAACACACGAAAAUCUCUGAUGCAUAGGCAGCAAAAGCUGCUCACUUUCUGUCACCAAAAUGGCGGAUUUGUCAUGCGGAUUCGGCAUUGCGGAAGCUUCUCGAAACCUGUGAUGGUAGAGCUUCCAUGCCAGAGCUUCUGUGUCAUGCAGAAACAGCAUGACUCUUCCAGACCCAGACAUUUUUACAUUUGAUAGCACAACAUGGCGAUCAACGACGUGGACAAAAUCCAGGUGGUCUUUGACUUUUACGACGAGGACGGCUCCGGGGAGAUGGAGGCGGAGGAGUUUUUUCAAUUACUACAUGUCCUCACUGCGGGCGCGGAGAUGACGGACAAGAAAAGGCAAGAAUAUUGGAUGCAACUGGACGAAGACCGAUCGGGUAGCGUCAACUUCGGCGAGUUCCUGCUCUGGUACUGGCGAUCCUUCGGCGCGCCCACGGCCUCCAGCCUGCAGCACUCGAAGCGCAUGAUGCAAGCGGAGCGCGAUCGCGUGGAAGCGGAAGCGAAGGCCGGCGCGGCUUAACGAGGCCUGCGUGUUGUAUUCGGGAGGAAUUUGGAAUUUUACAUUAUUUUUUUUGUUCAGCAAUUUACGUAUACGGUUAGGGAUUUGAAUUUCUUUGAUUAUGAUUUUGAAAAUGACAUACAAAAUUUUUUUUCUCAUUAUCACAAAACACAUUUACAAUAACUUUACAAGCAGCCACUUCAGUUCCUGAGUGACAGGGUGGUGUACUAUACUUACAUUCAUUUUUCGCAUGGUUUUCUGCGUUAUUGUAUCCUCGUAAAGGACGUUUUCGAGUCAUUCCGAGCAUUGCAUUGUUUGUACCCCAAAAUUGCUACUGCUUGUUUCACAUUCCCCAACAGUUGUUUGUGGUGCGUCCACAAAAGGCGCCCCCUUGAACUACUCGCGCACUCACUUUGCUCCCCACAAGAUUUAAAUUUUCAUUUUUCGCCCGCAUUAUCUUUGUAAUGCGAGAGCAAACCCCCGUGACAUUCCUCCUGUUCAUUGGAAGUGAUCGCAUCCCGACUGCGAAUCUGAAUAAAUUCUUUCUACAAGAACCCCCGCUAGAUCUGAACAACAUCUUAGCUACUUUUGGUUCUCGCGCACAUCCAUGAUGAUAAUGUAUGAA